AUGCUAUCACAUCAGCCUUCGUUCCAAGUUCCCCAUGAUUAUUACUACGAUGCCAAUCCUAAUUAUAAAUUUGCAUAUGAAGUAAAUAAUGCUCAUACUGGAGAUUUCAAGAGUCAACACGAGAGUCGACGAGGAGGGACCGUGCUUGGACAGUAUUCUUUAAUACAACCUGAUGGUGUGCAAAGGACUGUGGAUUAUAGAGCGGAUGACCAUUCAAGAUUCCAAGCUACUGUAAACAAUCAAGAAAGACAAGCUAAUGGACAUGCUGCAAAUGUGAACAUUAAUAGCGUUGCAGUGGAGAGGCAAUCUAAUUCGCCAGGUAGUUUAGCGAAUUUUGGAAAUGUGAGGCCAGUUCAAUCGUACCAAGCCUGGCCAACAUCCACAGGCCCUCAUCCAGACCCAACACCUUCAGUACCAGUGGCUGUAUCUAGAUCUUCUUUCGUCCAAACAAUUUCACAUGGCCCAGUUCCAACUCCCCGAAACCGUCACAAUCUUUGGGAAUAA